UGUUCGUUCUGUUGCCACCAAAUUUGAAUUCAUAAUAGACGUUGAGAAAUCGUUGAAACAAAUUAACAUGGAGGGGGGGAAGAGAGCAGGGAAUGAAGAGAAGGGAAGAGAAUUAGCUCGUUACAGGGGAAUUCGCCGGCGGCCGUGGGGGAAGUUUGCGGCGGAGAUACGUGACCCUUCAAGAAAUGGGGCUCGCCUUUGGCUCGGAACAUUUGAUACGGCGGAAGAGGCGGCUAGAGCUUAUGACCGGGCUGCUUUUUCUUUCAGAGGGCAUCAAGCUAUCCUCAACUUCCCAAAUGAGUACCAACAUAAUCAUCAAAGCUCGAGCUCUUCGUCCACAUCUAUGGCUUCCUCCUCCUCCUCAUACUCCUCUUCAGGUGCUCCGGGCAGGAGUAGUUUUUCAUCGAGUGGACAAGAAGUGGAAGUGAUAGAGUUUGAGUAUUUGGACAAUAAGUUGCUGGAGGAGCUUCUUGAAACCCAAUACACGACUAAUCAAUUUCUGUGGAAAAAUCAUGAAUCAACAUAACGUUUCCUUUUGUUUUGGGUUUCUUUGAAUUUGUUUAUUUUUUGUUCAAUUGUAUGUGAAAUAUUUAUUAAUCAAUAAAACAUUUUUUGGGUCU